AUGCAAUGGGUACUCGGGAUUGCCGCCACAGUCCUCUGCGCCUUUGUCAGCGCCAUAUUCAUCCGUCGCCACAUCACGCAUGUGAUCAACCCAUUGGCCCAAACCAUUUCGAUGCGUUGUGCCAUUGCGUUGGGACUCUCCAGUGUACUCUUCUUGGCCAAAAUGGCGCUCGACACAAACGUGUCACUGCAAUUUCAGGCGCUUCAAGUUGCAGUCGAAGCCACCGCCGCCUCCGUCGACUCGAUCGUCCUCGUCUCCGCCUACUUUCUCGUGAUCGUACAGUUGGGGGGUACCGAAAGAGCCAUCGACGUCUUGGCCAAGCACCCCCCCCAGCACUACACCCUCCCCCCCACGCCAGCGUUUGACUCGCCCCGUGACGACGACGCGUCGACGCAAGACUAUGACCAAGUUCGUCACGCCCGAGCCACGUACGUGGCCAUCCGCCGGGUCGUUCUAUGGUUUGCGUUCGUGCAUCCGACGUUGGUCACUUUGGGGGCGAUCCAUGGCGUGGCAGUUCGUAAUGACAGCAGCGACAACAACAACCCAACGGACACUGCAAUUCGCGUCGUCUUGGCGCUGUGCAACUUGGGAGCGACUGUGCUUGCGGUACUGACUUGGGUGAAACUGGUCAAGGCAUUCGAUGCCGACAUUGCCCCCAAGUUCAAACUCAAAGGCAAAGGAGUGAUUGUCCUUGGGUACCUCCUCCUGCGAUGCGGUCAGUGGGGCGUGUACGAGGCAUGCGUACCCCCCGUUCACCGUCACCAAUAUGGUUGGUUCUGGACGCUAUGUUUGAUUCAACUGGCGAUCCUCACGGUGGGGUUCUCGCGCGUCUUCGCACCGUCCACGUUCCACGCCAUGAGCCAUGGCCGCCCGGCCCUCGGGCGAGUGUGGGAUGUGUUUCAGCAUCCAGUGCCACCGUGUCGCACAUUGCACGACACGCUGGCCACAGAAUUCGCCGGCGGGGCGAGUACGAAACAAAUACACGAAUCCAGUGUCGAGUACUAG